AUGGCGACUUCAAUAACACGCGGGUUGCUGAAAGAUAAUGCAGCAUUUGUGCACAAAAUCACACAAACGAACAUCAGAACAAGUAUACAGAGGGAAUGCUGCAUUUCGAAACGGACGAUUUAUUAUUUAAGCUCAUUUCCUUCGCGAAGUAAAAACUCUUGUGAUAUUCGUAUGAACAGCACAAUUCUAAAACCACGAGACUGUAUCAAUAGCGCCGUAACAGUCAGCCUUAUAAAACUAUCUGGAUGUAUACAGUUUAAGAGCACGUUUGCUAAAGCAACGAGCAUACGCUUCUCUUCACCUAGUAGUGGAAAUAUUAGUUCUGAGCAAAAAUUAAAAUUUGAUCACAGCAGCUCUGAAGGGAUAUUGUCGCCGCCGCCUAAGACAGCACCAGAAACAUUUGACAACUAUCAAAUAGCAUACGGGAGAAAAUCUUCGUUUGAGCUUCUUCGUGUGUUUGGUUUUUUCUUCUUGUGCAGAUUUUCGUUUUUCACGGACAACGCAGUUAAGAUCAUGGGGAUAUGUUACAGAAUUCUCGGACAGAAGAUGGCGGAGGCUGUUAUCAAAAAGGCAGUUUACGAUCAGUUUGUGGCUGGCGAGGCUACUGAUGACGUCAAAAGAGUGACACAUCAGCUACGCCAAGGAGGCGUGGCUUCAAUUCUCUGUGUUCCCAUAGAAACAGAUGACCGGCUCAGCACUGGGAAAUCCAAGGAUACAUUUUUGAAUGCGAAUCUGGAGAAAGUGCUGGCUAGUAUUCAACUGUGUACAGAGCUGGGGGAAUCCUUGGCCGUGACUCAGUUCCGGAUUUCUGCUCUCGUAGCCGGCGAUUUGAUGAAAAUUAUCAGUGAUUUUUGUGACCAAACAACGCAUAAUGUGGAGGUUAUUACUGGCAUGUUGGACGCUAUGAGAGGGUGUGACAUGAACUUCUCUAAGUUGCCAGGCUGGGCGGAUUUUCCACAAGAGAGAACAGAAGAACUAAAGAAAGGACUUCAACGGCUCGGCAAGAUCCAAAAAGCACUGGAGGAUCGAGAUGUCAUUGUGUUGAUAGACGCAGAGUACAUGAGAAUCAAUCCAGCCCUCCGUUUGUUGUCUCUGUGCCUGAUGAAGGUCUGUAAUACCGGAUACGCCAAGAUCUUCUACACCUACCAGGCUUACCUCAAGGCAACUCGAACAAACUUACAGCAAGAUUUGACGUUUGCUACGAACAACGGCUUUAGCUUCGGGGUAAAGCUAGUUCGUGGCGCUUACAUGGUCGCUGAAAGACAGCUGGCCCGAGAGAUGGGGUAUCCCGACCCAGUCAAUGAGACAUUUGAGCUCACCUCGGCUAGCUACCACAGCUGCCUUGAUCUUCUGCUACAGCAUGUUGCAACCAAAGGUCCUCCUAGCAGGGUUCGGUUUAUGGUCGCCUCACACAAUGAAGAUACCAUCAGAUACGCCAUGGACAGAAUGAACGACCUGUGUAUCCCAAAAGAUGACCCAGAUGUGUUGUUUGGACAGUUGUACGGAAUGGCAGACCACGUGUCUUUUACAUUAGGUAACCAGGGUUACCGAGUAUACAAGUCUGUACCCUACGGCCCAGUUCAGGAGACUCUACCCUACCUUGCCAGGAGGGCCCAGGAAAAUAAAGCUAUUCUGGUCAAUGCCAGGAGAGAGCGGCAGCUUGUCGCCAAAGCACUACUAGACAGGCUAAGACUGACAGCUUAA